AUGGAGCAGGCGGCGCCGCUGCUCGUCAAGAGGCGGAGCGGCAGCGCGGCGGUGCAGGGCGGCGACGAGGGGGCGCCCAGGACGUACGCGGAGGCCUGGGAGGCGUUCCUCCGGGAGGCGGAGCGGCUGUGGGUGAUGGCGGCCUUCAACAUCCUCUGCCUCUACGGCAUCAACUCCGACACGCAGCUCUUCGCGGGCCGCCUGGGCAACCUGGAGCUGUCGGCGGCCGCCGUGGGCCUCUCCGUCGUCUCCACCUUCUCCUUCGGCUUCCUCCUCGGGAUGGGCAGCGCGCUGGAGACGCUGUGCGGGCAGGCGUACGGCGCGGGGCAGCUGGACCUGCUGGGCGUCUACGCGCAGCGGUCGUGCGUCAUCCUCGCCGCGUCCGCGCUCCUGCUGUCGCCGCUCUACCUCCUGGCGGGGCCCGUGCUGCGCGCGCUGGGGCAGGACCAGGCGGUGGCGGUGGCGGCGGGGGACUUCACGCUGCGCACGCUCCCGCAGCUCUUCUCGCUGCCGCUGGCGUUCCCGACGCAGAAACUCCUGCGGGCGCAGGGCGAGGUCGGGGCGCUCGCGUGGAUCGGCGCAGCCGCGCUGGCGGCGCACGUCGCCAUGCUCGCGCUCUUCGUCCCCGUCCUCGGGUGGGGACUCUCCGGGGCCGCAGCCGCCUACGACGUCACGUCCUGGCUCGUCGCGCUCGCGCAGGUGGCGUACGUGACGCGACGCUGCAGGGGAAGAGGGUGGGACGGCCUCUCGUGGGACGCGUUCCGGGGGCUAUGGCCAUUCGCCAGGCUCUCCCUCGCCUCCGCCGUCAUGCUCUGCCUCGAGGUCUGGUACAUGACGGUGCUCGCCGUCCUCACUGGACGCCUCGACGACGCAGAGAUCGCCGUCGGAUCCGUGUCCAUAUGCAUGAACCUGAACGGUUGGGAGGCGAUGCUGUUCAUCGGGCUGAACGCAGCCAUCAGCGUGCGCGUGUCCAACGAGCUGGGCUCCGGCCGGCCGCGCGCCGCCAAGCACGCGGUGGCGGCGGUGGUGGCGCAGUCGCUGGCCAUGGGGCUGCUGGCCAUGGCGCUGGUGCUGGCGUACCGCAACAGCUUCGCGGUGCUCUUCACGGGCGACCGCGACAUGCAGGCAGCCGUGGGGAAGGUGGCGCACCUGCUGGCGGCCACCAUGGUGCUCAACAGCGUGCAGCCGGUGAUCUCCGGGGUGGUCAUCGGCGGCGGCUGGCAGGCGCUCGUGGCCUACAUCAACCUCGGCUGCUACUACGCCUUCGGCCUGCCCCUCGGGUUCUGCCUCGGCUACCUCCUCCGGCUUGGCGCUCAGGGGAUCUGGGCCGGCAUGUUGUGCGGCACUGGCUGCAGACGGCCAUCCUGCUGCUCGUCAUCUGGAGGACGGACUGGGAAGCCGAGGUGA